AUGUCGAGAGUGAAAGCCGCAGAACUGAAAAGCAUCAGUCCGAAUGCCCAACAUCAGCUACAAGAGCAACAGACGCAACUGUUCUGCCCCCGCCGCUUCGAUGGGUGGACCUGUUGGGAUUCCCAACCAGCCGGUACGGUCGCCCACAACUAUUGUCCCAACUUUGUCCGCGGGUUCGAUGCCAACCGCUUGGCCUACCGGAUCUGCCAUCCCAAUGGAUCGUGGUUUAUCCAUCCGGAAUCGAACCGAGAGUGGUCCAACUACACCAACUGCGUUGACCUGGAAGAUAUGAAGUUCCGCCGGUUGGUGAACGACCUGUACAUCGGUGGCUACACCAUCUCGCUCAUAACGCUCAUCGUAUCGCUGUGUGUCUUCUUUAGCUUUAGGACUCUGAAAUGUACUCGCAUACGCAUCCACAUCAACUUGUUCAUCUCGUUGGCGCUGAGCUGCUUCUUUUGGAUCGUCUGGUACAAGUUCGUCGUCGAAGAUCCGGAUGUGACCAACAAGAGUGGGAACUGGUGCAUCGCGCUACACAUCCUGCUGCAUUACCUGAUGCUGGUAAACUAUUUCUGGAUGUUCUGCGAGGGACUCCAUCUUCAUCUGGUGUUAGUGAUUGUUUUCAUCAAAGAUGCAAUAGCAAUGCGUUGGUUUUUCACCGUCGGUUGGAUUCUUCCGGUGGCGCUCAUAUCGAUCUAUGCAACCGUGCGGAAUAAGUACACGCUCGACACGGAACACUGCUGGAUGAACGAAAGUCACGCGAUGUGGUUGCUGACGAUUCCGGUGUGCUUCUCACUCAUUACCUCGCUCGUGUUCCUCGUCAACGUGGUCCGAGUUCUGCUGACCAAGCUGAACUCCACCUCGCCCAAUCCGGCCCCGCUCGGUCUGAAGAAAGCCACUCGAGCGACACUGAUUUUGAUUCCGCUGUUUGGUCUGCAACACAUCCUGCUGCCGUUCCGUCCGGACAAGGGAUGCGAGCUGGAACGCUACUAUCAGGUGGUGUCGGCGGUGCUGAUUAGCCUGCAGGGUGCGUGCGUUUCCUGUUUGUUCUGUUUCGCCAACCACGACGUGAUUUUUGCCAUCAAAUGUCAGCUGAGCCGGUGCUUCCCGGAGCUGGUGCACCAUCCGUUCCGCGAGAGCUACAACGGGGGCCAACCGGCGACGCAGAGCCGCGAUAUGGUCGUAUGACUGUUGGGCUUCCGGCGCGGAACGAAGACGACCGGAAGU